AUGGGAGAGCAGUUGCAAUGUCCAAAAAGUUACAUCUGCUCCUUUUUGGAGUGCAAGGCCGAGUUCUCAAAGUUGUGGAAACUCGAGGCCCACCUGUGCAAGCACACGGGAUUGAAACCGUUCUCCUGCGAGAGCUGCGACAAAAGUUUCUGCUCCCGCCAUGCGCUCACCAGGCAUGAGCUCAACCACAGUGGCGAGAAGCGACACAAGUGCCCGACAGAUGGAUGCCCUGAGGCCUUUUUGCGACACGCCGGCUUGAAGAAUCACAUUGCUCGAGUGCACCAGCACGAGGAGACACGAUACCAAUGUACACAAGACGGCUGCCAAAGUAGCUUCAAAAAGAAAUACCAGCUGAAGGCCCACGUGGGGAACCAUCAAGGCCGUUUGCCUUUUCAUUGUCGUAUGGGCGAGUGUGUGCGGGAGUUCCCCUCGCUUAGCGAGCUGAAGCACCACCAGAAAAGGCAUCAAGGUUACCCCUGUGAAACCGAGCUGUGCCCUUUUGUGGCAAAAACGUGGUCCGGGUAUCAGAAGCACCGUAAGGAGCACAAAGUUAAGCUGCCAUGCCCGACGUGCGAGAAGCACUUCAACAACAGCUGGUUCCUGUGCCAGCACGAGUUCCACUGCCACAGCCUGGAAAAGGCCAGCUUCCCGUGUCCCAAAGAAGGCUGCGCCAAGACGUUUACCCGCCGCUUCAACCUGGACAUCCACAUCCAGGGGGACCACGAGGGGAAGAAGCCCUUCAGUUGCGCGUACCCCGGCUGCAGCAAGAACUUCACCAUGAAGGAAAGUCUGUGGCGGCAUGGAGUGGUGCACGAUCCUCUCAAGAAAAAGCUGAAGAAGUUGUAUCCCAGGAAGAAGAAGCAGCAGCAGCAGCAGCCAUGGAGUGGCGCACAGGCCAAGCUGCAAGGUGCUGAGACCAACAAGCUUGCUGCCAAGUUUCAAAAGAUUAAUUUAGAAGACCUUAAAUCUUGAGGUUAAGUUGGCUAGAGAAUUUCAGUUUGGGCAUUUUUCUUUUUUUUUUUU